AACAAUUUUUAAGUCUCACAUGGAACGGAACUUGAGGGCCCAGUUUCUCGUUAGUGUUGCAUUUGAGCUCAUCGACCCUUUAUAAUCGCUCUAGUCCGAAAUAAAAAGACCCCAAUCAGGGUAUUUUAAGGCCUGUAAAGCUUGAUCUUCGUCGAGUUAGAGCUCAGGGCGAGGUAUUACAGGCCCUUGGCCACCCUUUAAGUAGUUUCGUAAUCGAACAUGCAGAAGAGGUAAAUCUGCAGAUCUGGGACCGCACACUUGCCUAUGAACGUUAGUGACUCUGAAAUCGAAAUCAUGAGUCCCCAUCCAACUGAAACGCCUUCGCCCCCGAGUGAGCCCACAACGGCCAUACCCACCGCCGGGUUGACAUCCAUGGAGAUCUUCAUGGCCCAACAUGCCAACCAACUCGAGACAUCUGAUGUUCCCAGACAUUUGUGGCCGGUUCUAUUCCACAAAUUGAGCAAUAAUAUAUUCGAUGCCGGGAGUGUGUUCUCCUUGAUGCAAGUCGAAUCGAAUGACGGUGAAUUUGAAGAGUGGAAGGCUGUGGUGAUCAAGGAAGAAGGGCUAAUGGCCUUGGAUGAGGAAAGUGUGUACCUGAUCGAUCAUGCUUGGACAUUUCGUCCUGAAACGGCCAAGAAAAACCUGUUGGAACAUCCAACUUUGGUCGAGCGGAUGGCUGCUCUCAUGGACAUCGUUCCCACCGAAGAAUCAACCAAGCAGGAUCUCAUUGAUGAAGUUAUGAAAGAAAAGUGGAAAUUUGCUCAGACCUAUUGGGUUGGAAAUGCGACCAAGGUGGAAGACAAAAUGCCUGUCUGGUACCUAAUGGACGAGUUUGGCGCUCGUAUCCAGCAUUCAGACUCUCCCAAUGCCCGAGUGGUACCAUUUCUAUGCCUACUCGAUGGAUCUGCAUACUCAGUCUUGUUUCCAAUCAAAGAUUUGACCGCUCAAGAGGAAGUAACCCGGGAUUAUUUGGAAGGGCCGGAAUCUGGAGACCCUCUAGUGAGAAAGGCCCUGAUGAACACUUGGCAAAUGGAGGAUAUGAAAGCAGUAGCUUGGACCCAAGAUGAGCCAGGAGAUGCUUUUUUUGCUACGAGUCGUCAAAACGAAUCGGUACCUGCGGAAGAUUUCGAGGCCCAGCCUCUUCCGACUGAUCGCAAGAUCAAAGUGUACUCCGAGUACGAGUUCAUUGGCAAAAAUUUAACCCAUCCCAGAUUUGAAAUGGUGUCGAACCAAGAGGAUGCGGAUAUAUGGUGGACAAUGACUCACUUCAAGGACUUUAAGAACUUCAGUAGAGAAUGUCCACACAAACGGAUCAAUCAAUUCCCGUUUGAAAAUGUGAUCACCAUCAAAGAUCUUUUAUGUGUGGUGUGUCGGCGCAAAUCCGAAAGCAUCUCUUUGCCCAGUCCCACUUUGGAGACCUCUCCAGAAUGGCUUCCCACCACCUUUAAUUUAAAGACCGAACUCUGUAAAUUUGUGAGCUACUAUCAACAUCGGGAAGCCUUGGACUUGGACAACCAUUGGAUCAUCAAGCCGUGGAACUUGGCACGUGGUCUAGACAUGCAUAUCACCAAUCAUCUGCCUUACAUCCUUCGGUUGCCGUUCAGUGGACCCAAGAUUGCUCAAAAAUAUAUCGACCGACCAGUGUUUUUUAAUCGCCCAGGAAUCGGCCCAGUCAAAUUUGACAUUCGGUACAUUCUACUCCUUCAAAGCUCAAAGCCAUUGAAAGUGUUUGCUUAUAAUCGGUUCUGGUUGCGUUUCGCCAAUCAAGCCUUUGAAUUGAAGGAUUUUGAUAUCUAUGAAAAGCAUUUCACCGUGAUGAACUAUGUGGACAGCAAUCUGAAACAAAUGUUCUGUCACGAUUUUAUCAAAGAAUUCGAGGCCCAACAUCCUGGUGUGACUUGGAAAUCCGUGGAAAGCUCAAUCUUUGCCAUGUUCAAAUCUGUAUUUGAGGCCGCUGUGAGCUUGCCUCCACCAAGUGGGAUUGCUCGAUCUCCUCAAUCUCGGGCCAUGUAUGCCUCAGAUUUGAUGUUAGCUUGGGAAAAAGAUGCUGAAACUGGAGAAGAUCGGAUCCAACCCAAGAUCCUCGAGAUCAAUUGGGGUCCAGAUUGUGCCCGUGCUUGCGACUAUUACCCGGAAUUCUUUGACAAUGUCUUUUCGACCCUGUUCUUGGAUGACCCCGAGGGCCAAAAUGUGACCUUAUUGUGAAUGCAGUGAAGCUUUGCUACGACCAACAUGCACACUUAAAGUGAUGUCGAGUUCUUCCCUUUUUGAGUCUAAAUCAACGCAUUGGAAAUAAAUAUGAACAUAGUUUGGAACUUCAAA